AUGGGUAACACGACAAUAGGUUUGCUAGCAUAUGCUGAUGACUUAGCCAUUUUGGGAAAUAAUUUAGAUACUGUAAAACAGAAUUGUAGAAAACUAAUAAAUGUAGCAGGCAAAUGUGGUCUAAAGAUUAAUGACAAAAAAACGGAGUAUGUCAUAAUUGGAAGAAGAAGUAGAGAAUACCAACCAGGAGAGUUUAUGGAAAUAGAUAACCAUAAGUUUAAGAGAGCGUCACAUUUUAAAUACCUAGGAUCUAUAAUAACACAAGAUAGUGACCUUAAGAUGGAGAUGGACACUAGGAUUCUAAUGGGAAAUAGGUGCUUUUUUGGCUUAGGGAGUAUGUUUAGCUCAAAAAUCUUGUCGACAAAAUUAAAAAUACAAUUAUACAUGACCCUGAUAAGACCAGUAGUUUUAUAUGGCUCUGAGACGUGGACACUGAGAAAGGUAGAAGAAAAAAGACUUGCGGUGUUUGAACGAAAAAUCCUAAGAAGAAUCUAUGGACCAUGUAUCGAUUCUGACACUAGAGAAUGGACGAUACGCCACAAUGAUGAGCUGAAGAACUUGUAUCAAAAACCAGACAUUAUAUCCGAAAUUAAUAGGAGAAGAUUAAUGUGGGCUGGACAUGCCUGGAGGAAAGAGGGCUCUUUCAUUAAGGCGGUUAUUAAAGAAAAUCCGGCUGGGAAAAGAUAUCGUAUCAAAAAGGAGGUUAAAGCAGUAGAACGAAAUACACAGUGGAGAGAAGCUGCAGAGGAUAGGGAAAGAUGGCGACAAAUUUGUUUGCAGGGAUGGUCUUGA